CUGCCUGCUUUAAGCAAUUACACUCCAGAUGCAUCAGUUCCCACCAUGUCGGCUGGUUGGAUUUUCUGCUAACAAGAUGAAUACCGAGCUCUGAGAACAGCAUAACGCCAUUCACGCAGCAUCCUUUAAGGACUAUAUUCUUAGUUUUCCAGCUUUUCAUUUUUUUUUCUUUUUUUUUUUCCUUUUAUUUAUUUGUGGUUGCAAAGGAGCCAUGAGCCUAAGUCAUGGGUACAGGGCUUCUUGGUGGACAUACGUUCUGCACCAGGUGCCACAUACCAAUUUCCAGUUUGAAGUGGUGGACAGCAAUUUUGCUCCCCAGGAAUGGAAUUAUCAGCAGGCUCUUCUUUUCUUAGCUGGCAUUGCAGGACUUUGCCUGGCCAUCAGCCUUAUAUUAAUCUGUGUGUAUUUAAUCAGAUUCUGCUGCUGCAGUUCACAAGAAGAGGAGGACUCUAAGAGUAACCGUAUCUGCUGCAUCACCUGGAGCUGUGUUGCGGCUGUCAUCAUAUGUUGUGCCGGUAUUGGCAUUGGUUUCUACGGAAAUAGUGAAACAAAUGAUGGUGUAUAUCAAGUGACGUACUCUCUCAUGAACGCCAACCAUACGUUGACCUCCAUCGACUUGCUGAUCGCAGACACCGUACAACUUCUCACCUCUGUAGUGAAGAGCGACCUUACCCAGCUGGAGGAGAUCUUCUCUAAACGCACAGAUUUUCUGGUCAUUGUUCGGAACACCAGGAGAGAAGUGGAAUCCGUGGCUCAGCACUUGGCAGAGAUUUCCUUUUGGAAGGAAGAUGAGCUGAAUCCAAAUGUGGUGGCAGAACAAGUGAAUUUCAUUGAAGAUUAUAGGUGGUUGGCUUACAUACUGCUGCUCCUCUUGGAUCUGAUUAUCUGUCUAUUCACCUUACUCGGCCUGGCCAAGCAGAUCAAGUGGCUUGUUAUUGUAAUGACAGUGGUCAGCUUCUUUGUACUCUUACUCAGCUGGGGAUCAAUGGGACUAGAGAUGGCCACCGCUGUGGGGUUGAGUGACUUUUGCUCUGAUCCAGACUCAUAUGUGUUAAAUCAGACCCAAGUGAUUACAAAUAUCAGCCCAGAUAUUUUACAGUAUUACAUCUCCUGUAACCAGGAAGUUACCAACCCCUUCCGCCAGAGGCUGACCAUGUCACAGAGAGCCCUCUCCAACAUCCACCCUCAGCUUCAUGGAUUGGAAAGGGAAGCUAUACCACAGUUUCCAGCAGCAGAGAGACACUUACUAGAGGUGCAAGCCAUGCUCAAUACAACAGAGGGGAACUUCCAUCAUCUAAUAGCUCUGUUGAACUGUCGGGGGCUCCAUAAGGAUUAUGUGGAUGCUCUCAAAGGACUAUGUUAUGACGGCAUGGAAGGAAUCCUAUUUCUGUUACUAUUCUCUUUUCUUUCGGCUCUCUCUUUUACUGCUGCUAUAUGCAGUCUUCCCCGUGCAUGGAAACGGUUUCAGAACAGGGACCUGGAUUAUGAUGAUAUGGACGAGGACGACCCUUUUAACCCCCAGGCACGUAGAGAGAUGCUGCGCACGGCAGGCAGACCUCACCUGCCCAGUUUCUAUAGUUACAGCAGUAGCUGCGGCAGCCACAACAGCCUGCGGGUCUCGGCCCCGCCUAUUUCCAACGCCCCCGUCUCACAGUACAUGAAUCAAAGCGGUUUGUUCAGUGGCAAUCCUCGAUAUGAAAACGUCCCCUUGAUUGACAGGCAGUCCCCGCCCCCUUCGGUAAUAUUCUCCUAGCAUGCGAACAUCCUUCAUCAGUGCAACCCAAGAAGAGAAUGAUACUUAUUCCAGAACAGAAGUUGUGUCUUAGAAGAUUCCUUUUGCUAUCCUACCUUUUCCCUCCAAGCUAUAAAGAUGACUAACAGAGACGAACUAUAUAAAGACUGAGCCUUGGUGCUCUUUAACCUCUUUUGGCAAGGAGAUUUGGGUGCUAAACCCCUUCAUCUUUCCCUUCUUGGUAUUAAAACCUUACCCUCUUGUGUUGCCGGGUAAUUUUCUCUGAACUGUCCCCUCUGCCUUCAGUUUUAUAUAUAUUUUUUUUGUAUUGGUUCAUGUUCUUUUUACCCAGAAAGACUCGUUACAUAUUUCUUUUACCAUGCAUUGGACCUUGCAAUGGACUUCCAAAGGGGGCACCAUGGGGAGUCUGUACAGGAGGAUUUUGAAGGACAUGAAAAAAACCUUAGUGAUGGAGAUGUUCACUCCUGUAGGAGAAACUGCUGUCAUCAAACAGAGAAAGCCACCUAUCCAACACCGUACGAGUGGACGUAGAGACCAGUGAUUUUGACACAGACGGGCACAAGGAAUAUAUAUAAAUUGCUGAGUGCAUGAUGUGAGACUAAAGUGGACAUAGAAUGAAUUGUAGAGUUAAGGACCAAGGACAUUGCUGCUGACAAACUCUUUCCUCCACAGAUGGAUCUGUUUUUAAUUAGAACAUUUUAACACUAACUCAUAUUUUACACUGACUUGAAAUAAAAGGGAAAAAACACUCUUUAUUUUAUAAAAUAAUUUUUUCAUGAUCUGUCUGUACUUGGGGUUCACAUGCAACGUACGGGAAACAUUGUCACCCUCUAGAUCUUGGCAAGGAGGUUGCAUAAGUAGAACUUAAAUAUUAUGUAAUAUUCAACACAGAACAGGGGUUCCUGAUGUUACUACCAUAGGUGAACUCCUGAAAAUAAUUCCUCUCCCAGGGAACCCCUACCCCCAUUCUCACUUAAAAUAAACUAGGUGUAGGGGCAAGUAAAGCAUUCUAUAAUCUAUAUAAUGGAUGUGAUUUUUGAAUGCCCCCCUUUCCCCAAUAAUACUGCCGUACCUACACUUCCUGCUGCUGUUUUCUGGAAAACCC